AUGCGUCUGGCCUACUCAACCGCUGCCGUCCUCGUCGCUGUUUUCGCUUCCAGUCAUGCGAUGCCGACUGGUGUCGAUGCGAACGCUCUUCCCGAGUCCGACGUCUCUCCUGUGGCCCGCGUGACGGACGGCGGUGCCUACGACGCGGAUACGCAGAGGCUUCUGCGGGAGUCUUUUGACGACGAUGAUUCGGCGCUGGAUCUGAACCCUGAGGAGAGAAUCGACUCUACACGUAUAUCCGAAGCAGCGGCGCCGAUCACGGAAAAGAUCGCUUCAAAAGGCUGGCGUUUGAAUGCGGUGGACGCGCUUGCAGAGCAGAAAGCUUUCAACCAGCUCGCUUUUGCUAAAUUCCAGGCGAAGCACAAGAUCCUGGCAAAGCCGUUCGAGUGGUGGUUUGGCUUUUGGAAGUGGCUGGUGAGGAACCCCCUCGUUGGGAAGCUCUUAAGACCUCUGAAGGAUCACAAGAUCGACAAUGUCCAGCUUCGUGAUCACUACAAAGAAGCUAUGGCAAAGUAUCAGGAAAUCCUGUCGGUACGAUCGCGUCUCGAUGAGUGGGGUGGAAAGUUCGUCGUUGGCGCCACGAAAAAUUUGAAUACAGCCCUUGACAAGCUGUCCAAAAGUGAGCGUUCCGAAUCGAUCGAGGCCGGGGUCAAGACAGUCGUUAAGGACCUCGACGAAUUCAAGUCCAACCUCAAUCCCUACAUCGUGGAGAAACACGCAGCAGCGGACGGUAUGGCUGCGGCCGAAUCGGCAUGGACGAAGUUCGAGACGUGGCUCCAAGACUUCGUCAAGCACGUCGACAACGUGAAAGGCGCUUUCACGAAUGUGGACGAGAGCAAGGAGGUCGCUGCACUCAAGACGCAGAUUACAGGCCUUGCUGAUCAUUUCAGGGGGGUAAAGAAAGACGAAUUCUACCAAAUUGCACAGUUGGAAAAACCCGCGGCCGCAGCUGUUCCUACGGUAAAGCUGCCAGACAAGCCUCUUUCCGGUAGCCCGGUUGAAUCACUUGGGACGCCUAAAGACAGCAACCCCAAGGUCGAGUAG